CUCAUAAGUCUCAGGCUGUGGCACCGUCAGCAUCGAUCAGCUGUUAACGUGACAUAGAAGAAGGAUGACUUCUCCUGGAUGGGCGAUCGUGCUUAUGCUGUUUCAGCUCUUCCACUCAGAAAUCGCACUUCCCUUUCCUAAUGUCAGCCUUGUCGCUUCUCCCAUCACACCUGGAGAAUCAACACAAAGUGUCCUCUGCCCUCUAAAGAUAUCACCCUCCACUGUGGUGGUCAGGUUUGGAGAUCCAGUCAAAGCUAACUGCUCCAUACAAAGAAUGGGGUAUUAUGGCAUUGGUUGGGAAGUCCCACUGAACCGUCCUAACUUUACAUCACAAGGUUUUCUGGUCUGGAGUGUUGAGAAGAUGAUUGACUGGACCAUCAAGCCUGUGUGUUUUGCCCUAUCUGAACAGGGAGGACCGUGUUACAGUAAUCUCACCCUAAUAGUCUACAAGCCUCCAGACAGAGUAUCCAUCACAUUUCUAAAUCACAGUGAGUCACUGCUUGAGGGUGAUCAGUAUACUCUACAGUGCCACGUUACAGAGGUUGCGCCUGCUGAAAACGUCCUCGUGACCUUCUACAGAGGGGAGAAAAUGCUGGCUCAGAUGCACUCGAAUACAUCCAGUGAGAAGAAACCAGUGACUCAGAGCUUCACUCUGAACAUCGUAUCCAGUAAAGAAGACACUGAAGCUCAGUAUUGGUGUGAAGCCAAACUUGAGCUGGGACCUGAAGGACCACAGCACCUUCCAGUGAUGGCAUCACAAAGACUCUUUGCACCACAGCUCAGCUGUCCUGUAAAACUUAAGGUAACAGAGGGAGAGAGAUUCCCAUGUGAGGUGACAGGAAACCCUCAGCCAUCAGUGACCUGGUUCAGAAAUGGGCAGAUAGUUGCCCCACCCUCUCAUUUAAAUAAAAAGGAUGCUGGAAAUUACACAAUCCAAGCUAAAGGAUUAUUUCCAAAAAACUUCACAGUGGAAGUGAAAAUCCUUUCUGCUAGAGGAACUGCAAACAGCUGUUGUGGACAUUUCUUGCUGCUUGUUCUUCUUACCCAGAUGAUAACUCAGGUGUAAAACCUUAAAAGUUCCUCUUUCCAUGUUACUUGGAUAAAAGUGCUCCUGCUGUAGAAAAUGCAGAGAAAUUUUGUGUGUCACUCCUCGUGUCCUCAAGGCUCAGCUUUGAAUCUGAAUGUCUUUAUGUGCAUUUCAAAGACAGUGGAGCCUCACUACAAGCAGAUGAUGCUCUCUAGUUGUUCUUUUUAAUCGUUUUGUUGCUGAACUUCUGUCCAGGUACAUGUUCUUAUGUAACUAAGCUGUCUUUGUAAUCUGCCCAAAAGGCAAAGUUCACUUCUUCCAGACUGAAAGCUUCUCUAGAAAGAAAUUCACAUUUUAGUCCUCAGUCACUCAGUGUUCAUGGGUAUGUGAAAGCAGUUUGAUUUAGUUAAAAACAAUUUACUUUUAAAGAGCUGAAACUGGAAAUAAGGCGAGACAGUCCAGCAAAGGCAUCCAGAAAGAUAUCUGGUUGUCUUAUUUUCUUUUGAACAUCACAAUGGUGUUUUCAUUACUAUUUGAUAUCUGAAGAAAUGCUGAGUUACGCGCCCAUCCUGCCAUGUAAAGAAUCCAAGAGUUUUUGGAAGGAUUCUCUUUGGAUUUGGAAACCUGGAUCAAUGUGUUGAUGUGGGUGGGGGUAAAAAAAAACAAAAAAAAAAACUCCUUGGGCAUAAUGUAUGUGUCAACUCACUGUCCAAGUGUCCUACUCCACCCCCUUUUGGAAACUGUCUGGGUUAGCUGUCAAAGCAAAGGCUGCACCCAAAUGGUACAAGAGGCUAACUGUCUAACAGCCUGCUCUUCAGUUGGGUAACUUUAGACUUCCUCAUCGUCCUUUAGGCUUGUUGAGACAUUUUAUUUUUACAUCCUUAUUCACAACUCCUGCAUUACUCUUUGCAAUACUUUCAUUGCACAGUAAAUUUCAGCUUAAAUAAGCUGACUAGGCAGUUAAACUUUUUGUUGUUUUGAGUCAUUUGUUACUAGCCUCAGUCAAGUUGGUAACAUGAAUCACUACUAAAACCUUCAGUUGCUGUACAAAAUGUUAAAAUAAAGCACCAAAUAAA